AUGUUACAAUAUAUCACAGCUUUGCUUUUUGUCACCUUGGCCGUUGCCAACGUUUACUACGAACCUGAAGGAACCUCUCAAGGUGUUAGUACAGCAAUGAGCUCAACCCGCGUGUUGUACCUAUGCGGAAAUAAUAACAACUACUACUUAUCCAAUUCACCCUGUCAAUCAUCCUACCAGGGCUGUAAUUACAUCUGCAGGACGUCUUCGUGGUGCCAAGGUUUUAACAGAAAUUGGCAGUGCUCCAACAGUUGCUGUAGAAACCGGCAAAAUCCUGGCCCGACUCCAAGACCGACGCCUAGCCCUCAACAGCCAACUUGCGGCGGUCGUGAAACUUCCGGUGGCUUCUGCACCUCUCCAGGUUACAGAUGUCCAAGCGGUUUCACCUGCACAGUGAAUGGUGUCUGCUGCCGUUGCGCCUACGGUACCAGCAUUGGACCCUGUGUAAAUCAGCAGUGCCCCGACAAUUUCCGUUGCAAUACCAACAAUGAGUGCUGCGCAUACCAGAUUGGAAAA